CGCAUUUAUAUUUGAAAUCAGACAUGUGAUGCGCUGAUUGCUGACGAUUAAGAAUCAAAAUUAACCAAUAUCCACCCCUAACUAUACUUGGCAACAGUGCUUCUGGCGGCCUGUUACGAGUGAUUAUUAUCGUGCCAACUUGACCUCCCUUGCCAUUACUGCUGCUCUAUUACCCUCGCCCCUUUAUCUUAGCCCUGCCCAAACUUCAAUUUACUCUAUACCUCUCUCCGCAUUAGCUGUUUUGCCAUGGCCGCCAACCUUAUCUCCCUCAAGGACACAGUGCCAAACAUGGAGCCCGAAUACGAGGUUAGACUCCGGCUCAACCCAACCGAGGUUCUUGGCCCCGACCACAGACUAGCAGAAAAUGUGCUAUCUACCUUCGAUAUGCUCGCGGCCGACACUAAGUUAAAUGUCCAGUUCCUUGAUAUGAAUUGCAAGAAGAUCUAUGCCGCCGGCUGGAGCCCACGUAUCCGCAAGACGGAGAACGAGGACGAUUUCGAGCUGACAUAUAAGAAGCGGUAUGCCAUCACGGGCGGUGACAUCAACGCUGCGCUUACUGCGGCUAAUGGGGAUGGUUUCAACGCUGGUGACGCGAAGUACGAGGCGCAGGUUGAAUGGGGUUACCGGAACCAGACACUCUCCAUAAGCCGCAAAAAAACCGUAUCGAAAUCUGAGAAUGAUGGGAUGGGUUUGCCAGGGACGAGUAAGUCGCGUCAGAUGUUGAUCGAUGAAGCGCCAGAUAAGUUCGACAACUGGAAGCACAUAGAAUGGGGCACCAGGGCGUUAUCGGUAUCACGAGUUUUUGGCCCGGUCCUUGCGAGGCGCUUUACUGGCAAGUGGAAGAACAUGAAGCUAUAUAUUGAGGUCUGGCCCCUCCUCAACUUCGGGGGAACAGGAAUUGAGUACAUUGUCGAGGCGUCUUUCAAGACGAAGAGCCACACGACAGCCUCACUUGAGCUGGGCCGCUUAGCCGACUUUCUGCAAAAUAAGGGUUGGUUUCUACCGGAAGACGUGCUAAAGACGCGGCUCAUUAUGGAGCGAUACUGAUAUGAGAAGUUAUUGGACUCAAGGGUGGUUCAUGAUCUGGAAUAUGUGGCGAGGGGUUUUAAACAAUGAGAGGAUAUAAUUUGCUAAGUGUGGAU